AGCCAAACAGAGGGCACUUACAGACUGCAGCACAACUCCGUCUGAAUACAACCAAACGCACCUCGUCGCGAACAACAAACCACCAUGGACCUCCAUCGGACCAGUAUAUUAAACCAAAUGGAUUACAAUCGGGAAUCUAAAUCGACAGAGGAGCGGCUCGACAGCGGUCUGGACUCGCUGAAAGAAGAGGAGUACCAGGCUGUGGCGGCCGAGAUCCGUCGGCUCCAGGUGGACUGUGAUCCGCCGCAGCACAAACAAGCUCCCGGUGUCAGCGAAGAGCUGCAGGAGUGGAAAACACAGAUCACAGAGGACGGAGACACGCUUCUUCACCUGGCCAUCAUCCAUGAGGCCAAGGACUACAUCAAAACUAUGAUUGAUGCAUCCAGGAACACAGACUUCCUCAACACACAAAAUGACCUGAGACAGACUUCUCUCCACUUAGCAGUAAUAACAAACCAGGCCGACGUGUGUCAGCAUCUCCUGGUGUCCGGCUGUGACCCCACGCUGGUGGAUAACAGAGGGGACACACCACUUCACAUUGCCUGUCGCCAUGGUAAACUGCUGUGCUUCAGCGUCAUCACACAGUACUGUCAGAAAGAGCAUCUACAAACAGUGAUGGCCGCCUGCAACUAUCAUGGUCAGAACUGCCUCCACCUUGCCUCAGUUCAUGGUUUCCUCUCACUGGUGGAAAACAUGGUGGAACUAGGAGCCGACAUUAAUGCAAAGGAGCAGCAUAACGGCCGCAGUGCACUGCAUCUGGCCGUGGAUCAGCAGAACCUCUCACUGGUCAAACUGCUGCUGAAAAAAGGUGCAGACCCCAACCUCCUGAGCUCCGGAGGCCACACCCCCUACCACCUCACCUACGGCUACGGCAGCUUCGACAUCAGGGAAGAACUGUACGCGCUGACCGAUCCUGACCUGAGGGAGCUGCCUGACAGUGAAUCAGAUGACAGCGAGGAAGAGGACGAUGAGUCUGAUGAGGAGCAGGUGGGUUAUGACGACAUUCAUUGGAAUGGACAUUAGCAGGAAACAAGACAGAGAGAGGAAGUUACAGAGGCAGGAGGCUGUGAUGAUGACGGUAAAGGACAGGAGAAAUGGCUCGGCUCGUCUACUACUUCCUGGAAUGACGUCAUAGGAGCCCGACAGUGUGGGUAUUGCGGUGCGGCCGUGACCGCUGACUAAAUGGACAGACAGGCAGCUGCAGACAGGCAGGCAAAUAAAACAGAGACUGAGGGCCGAAUAAUCCAGAGAGAGCGCUUCAGGCUGCAGGAGAGCAAACACACAACGAGAUGUGAAACCAUGACACAUAAUGAUGGGAUGGCAUUGCUGUAUGAUAAGAGGAUCACUUUUAUUCUGUGGACACUGCAUCAUUGUCUCCAAAAAAAAAAAAAAAAAAAACCAUCCAUCCACACAGAUGUACCUGCAACAGCUCUGUUGUAUGAUAUUGUAAAUUCUGUCUAUACUAAGAUGUAUUUUUUAUGUGAAUGUGUACAGUUGAGAAGGUUGUAUAUGUCAGACAGCAAACAGCCCAACACACUCCAGUUAAAUUAAAAGACUCAUAUUUAACA